CGUGAUUUACACAUUUAUUUUCACAGUAGAGCAUCAUUUCGUGCGGGGCAAAAAAUGGGAGACACGCUGGAGUUCAACGACAUCUACCAGGAGAUGAAGGGAUCCUGGAACGAUGGCCGUCUGCGCUUCAGUAAGCAGAACGUGGUGUACAAGAGCAGCAAGACGGGGAAGGUGGACAACAUCCCUGCACCGGAGCUCAGCCAGGCCCAGUGGAGGCGCGUGUGUCUGGGGCACGGCAUCAAGCUGGUCACCAGCACCGGACACAUCUACAAAUACGACGGCUUCAGGGACACGGACUUUGAGAAGAUCUCUGAGUUCUUCAAGACCAACUACAAGGUGGAGUUGUCAGAGAAGGACAUGUGCGUCAAGGGCUGGAACUGGGGCACUGCCAAGUUCACAGGACCAUUGUUGUCGUUUGACGUGAACGACAGCUCGGUGUUUGAGAUCCCCCUCUCCAGCGUGUCCCAGUGUGCCACCAGCAAGAACGAGGUGACCCUGGAGUUCCACCAGAACGACGACGCCGAGGUCUCGCUCAUGGAGGUCCGCUUCUACGUGCCGCCGGGCACCGGCGACGAGGGCCAGGACCCUGUGGAGGCGUUUGCAGACAACGUGCGCUCCAAGGCUGACGUCAUCCAGGCCACGGGCGACGCCGUGUGCGUCUUCAAAGAGCUGCAGUGUCUCACGCCCAGAGGAAGGUACGAUAUCCGUAUCUAUCCCACGUUCCUCCACCUCCACGGGAAGACGUUUGACUACAAGAUCCCCUACACCACCGUGCUCCGCCUCUUCCUGCUGCCUCACAAGGACCAGAGGCAGAUGUUCUUCGUGAUCAGUCUGGAUCCCCCCAUCAAGCAGGGCCAGACCCGAUACCAUUUCCUCAUCCUCCUCUUCUCCAAGGAGGAAGACAUCAGCCUUACCCUCAACAUGAGCGAGGAGGAUGUGGAGAGGAAGUAUGAGGGCAAGCUCAGUAAGAACAUGUCUGGCUCCCUCUAUGAGAUGGUCAGUAGGGUCAUGAAGGCCCUGGUCAACAGGAAGAUCACCGUGCCCGGAAACUUCCAGGGCCACUCGGGGGCCCAGUGCAUCACCUGCUCCUACAAGGCGUCGUCGGGCCUGCUCUACCCCCUGGAGCGGGGCUUCAUCUACGUGCACAAGCCCCCCGUGCACCUGCGCUUCGAGGAGAUCUCCUGUGUGAACUUCGCCCGCGGCACCACCACCACGCGCUCCUUCGACUUUGAGAUCGAGACCAAGCAGGGCAACCAGUACACCUUCAGCAGCAUCGAGAGAGAAGAGUACGGCAAGCUCUUUGACUUUGUCAACGCCAAGAAGCUCAAUAUCAAAAACCGAGGCUUCAAAGAGGGCAUCAAGGGCAAGAACAACGAGUACAGCGACUCGGACGACGACCAGCACGACGCCUACCUGGAGAGGAUGAAGGCCGAGGGGAAGAUCCGGGAGGAGGGCGACGACAGCGACGAAUCGGACGGCGAAACCGACGAGUCGUUCAACCCUGGAGAGGAGAGUGAUGUCGCUGAGGAGUACGACAGCAACGCGUCCGAGAGCGAGAGCAGCGGAGGGGACAGCGACGACGAGGGGAGGAAGAAGGAGGCCAAGAAGCCCAAGGUGGUGAAGGAGAAGAAGGCAAGGAAACCUCGCAGGGAGAAGAAGCAGAAAGACGCCGGCGCCCCCAAGAGGCCGAUGAGCGCCUACAUGCUGUGGCUGAACUCGAGCCGGGAGCGCAUCAAGGCGGACCACCCCGGCAUCUCCAUCACAGAGAUCUCCAAGAAGGCCGGCGAGAUGUGGAAGCAGAUCACCAAGGACAAGAAGGAGGAGUGGGAUGGCAAGGCAGAGGAGGCUAAGAAGCAGUAUGAGAAAGCCAUGAAGGAGUACAGAGAGAGCGGUGGGGCGUCCUCGGCUCCUGCCAAGAAGGACAGCAAGAAGAAGGGAGCCAAGAAGGAGGACAAGAAGAGGAAGCCGGCCGGCGGGGACAAGGAGAAGGAGCGAGGAGGCGGGAACGACAGCUUCAAGAGCCGCGAGUUCAUCUCCAGCGAGGAGAGCUCCUCCGAGUCCGACUCUGGCCGCAAGAAGGCCAAGGCCAAGAGCAAGAGCAAGGCCAAGAGCAAGAGCAAGGAGGAAGAGGAAGAGGAAGAGGAGGUGUUGUCCACGCCCCCCAGCUCAGACCAGGACUCAGACUGAGGAGGGGGAGAAUCUACCUGCUGAUCUGGGCGUUACACACACACACACACACACACUCUCUCUCUCACUCAAAUGGACCAACCUACCAGUUUCACUUCCUCUCCUCAUGUCCCACACCACCACUCGCAGACAGACAAUACUCCUGGCUAGAGUGACAAACGGAAGAUUUUUUUUGUUCUUUCUUUUUUAAUACUUUGUUUUAUUUUUCCUUUGGUAUCUUUUGCCCUUUCGUUGUGGAGUACGCAAGAUGGAAGCAGAGACUUACACGUCAAACACUUAUAUUCGCCCUGUAGAAACCAGAAACAUUUUCCAACAUACGAUGUACUACAUCUCCCGUUAUCUGUGUGGAGGGAAAACGGUAGUCCAAUAACCCGAAGGAGACGGCCAAGUCUAAUUAAACCGUUUCCCUUUGUUGAAAUGUCACAACUGCAGUUUAGUGCAUUUUGGUCAUGUUUUGAGGCAAAAUAAAUAUAAACCUUUUGUAGUAAAA